UUUGUUGUGCGCGUGCGUCUUUCGUACCCGACUUCGGACAGUCGGUGCUUCAGAUUGGACUUGGACUGGCUGCCAUCUUAGGCGAGGAGUCGUCGCCUUUUUGGUUGGUUCAUGUACUUUCCUGUGGAAUGGCUGGUAAUGGGUCAAAUUCAGAGCCUGCCAGUGGACUAACUAUGAAAUCGCAGCUUCAAGUCAUUGUUAUUUCUGCAAAGUUGAAAGAAAACAAAAACAAAUGGUUUGGACCCAGCCCUUACGUAGAAGUUACAGUUGAUGGCCAGUCAAAGAAAACAGAGAAGUGCAACAAUACUAAUAGUCCAAAAUGGAAACAGCAUCUUACAGUAAUUGUCUCUCCUGUCAGCAAACUACAUUUUCGUGUGUGGAGUCACCAAACAUUGAAGUCUGAUGUCUUACUAGGAAGUGCCACUGUAGAUAUUAAAGAGACACUAAAAGCGAACAACAUGAAACUUGAAGAAGUGGUUGUGAACAUGGUGCUUAUUGGAGACAAAGAACCAGCUGAAGGGAUUGGAGAGUUAUCUGUCUGUUUAGAUGGCAUGCAAGUAGAUCCUGACCUGCUGAGUAAUGGUGAUGCUCCAAGUAUAAGAAGUCCCAUGCAGAAUGAUGGCUCCAGAGCAAGAAAUGAAACAAGGAACAAUACAAAUGGUCCUGAAAACUGUGAUGCUCCUGGGUCCAGUGAAAGCAAGACAGCUAAUAGCAAUGAUUCUCCAUUAAUUGCAAAUGGUUUUAAGCCUUCUAGACCUCCCAGACCCUCUCGACCACCUCCACCCACUCCUCGCAGGCCCUCUGCUCCAUCUGCAUGUGUCAAUGGUCCUUCCUCCACAGAAUCAGAAGGGGCUAGUGCAGGAUUGGUGCCAACUACAACAAGUUCAACGCCAGAACAAAGCUCUGAUGGAGCAACAGCAGGAACAGCUGUUCCUGCAGCAGCUGCUUUGGCCACACCACCAAUAUCCAGACAAGUUCAGCCAGUAACUCCAGCUUCACAGCCACAUCAUUCUGUUAAUCAAGGUCCUCUUCCACCUGGUUGGGAACAAAGAGUGGAUCAGCAUGGGCGAGUGUAUUAUGUAGAUCACGUUGAAAAACGAACUACGUGGGAUAGGCCAGAGCCUCUUCCUCCAGGCUGGGAGCGCCGAGUUGACAACAUGGGGCGGAUUUACUAUGUCGACCAUUUCACCAGAACAACAACUUGGCAGCGGCCAACUUUAGAAUCUGUCCGGAAUUAUGAACAGUGGCAACUUCAACGCAGCCAGCUUCAAGGAGCCAUGCAACAGUUUAACCAGAGGUUCAUAUAUGGGAAUCAAGACUUCACACAGAACAAAGAAUUUGAUCCUCUUGGCCCCCUGCCACAUGGAUGGGAAAAGAGAACAGAUGCCAAUGGCAGAGUGUAUUUUGUCAAUCACAAUACGCGCAUCACACAGUGGGAAGAUCCUAGAAGCCAAGGUCAAUUAAAUGAGAAACCUUUACCAGAGGGCUGGGAGAUGAGAUUCACUGUGGAUGGAAUUCCAUAUUUUGUGGAUCACAAUAGAAGAACGACCACCUAUAUAGAUCCCCGUACUGGAAAGUCUGCUCUAGACAAUGGGCCUCAGAUAGCAUAUGUUCGUGAUUUCAAAGCAAAGGUUCAAUACUUUCGGUUUUGGUGUCAGCAAUUGGCUAUGCCCCAGCACAUUAAAAUCACAGUAAGCAGGAAAACAUUGUUCGAAGAUUCAUUUCAGCAGAUAAUGAGCCUCAGCCCUCCGGACCUGCGAAGACGUUUGUGGGUCAUUUUCCCUGGAGAAGAAGGAUUAGAUUAUGGAGGUGUUGCACGGGAAUGGUUCUUUCUGUUGUCGCAUGAAGUGCUGAACCCAAUGUAUUGCCUGUUUGAAUAUGCAGGAAAGGAUAACUACUGCCUACAGAUAAACCCAGCUUCUUACAUCAAUCCAGACCACCUGAAAUACUUUCACUUUAUUGGCAGAUUUAUUGCCAUGGCUUUGUUCCAUGUGAAGUUUAUAGACACUGGUUUUUCUCUGCCAUUCUACAAACGUAUUCUCAACAAGCCAGUAGGACUAAAGGAUUUGGAAUCUGUAGACCCUGAGUUUUACAACUCUCUCAUCUGGGUAAAGGAAAACAAUAUUGAGGAAUGUGGCUUGGAGAUGUAUUUUUCAGUUGACAAAGAAAUUCUAGGUGAAAUAAAAAGCCAUGAUUUGAAACCCAAUGGUAGCAACAUCCUGGUUACUGAGGAAAACAAGGAAGAAUACAUUAAGCUAGUGGCAGAGUGGAGACUUUCCCGUGGUGUUGAAGAGCAGACGCAAGCUUUCUUUGAAGGUUUCAAUGAGAUCUUGCCACAGCAGUACUUGCAGUAUUUUGAUGCAAAAGAGCUUGAGGUGCUUUUGUGUGGAAUGCAAGAGAUUGACUUGACUGACUGGCAAAGACAUGCCAUCUACCGGCAUUAUACCAGAACAAGCAAGCAGAUCAUGUGGUUUUGGCAGUUUGUGAAGGAAAUAGAUAAUGAGAAGAGGAUGAGAUUACUACAGUUUGUUACUGGAACUUGCCGAUUACCAGUUGGAGGAUUUUCUGACCUCAUGGGGAGUAAUGGUCCCCAGAAGUUUUGUGUUGAAAAAGUUGGUAAAGAAAACUGGUUACCCAGAAGCCAUACCUGUUUCAACCGCUUGGACUUGCCCCCAUACAAGAGUUAUGAACAACUGAAGGAAAAGCUGUUGUUUGCAAUAGAAGAAACAGAAGGAUUUGGGCAAGAAUAACCAUUGGGGGAAUUUGCUCCUGAAGAACGUGAAUUCAUAUAUGGUGUGCGUUCUUCACUGCCUCUGCUAGUUGCACUUCUUACUGUAAACAGGACUUGACCUUGAUUUAUUUAAACAAUUGUUAGUGUGUGAGUAAAUGGAUGUUAUCCUGCCAUUUUGUUCCCACUAAUUAUUGAUUUCUCCCGAGUCCAUUUGAGAAAUCCAAAAUGAUACAGCUAUACAUUAAAUCUUCCCUAACCAGAGGCUUACUGUACUUCUGGGUUCUGUCUUGGGUCAUGUUCAUUAACUGGAAUGUGUUUUUAAUUUUUUAAAAAAUACUCUUGUUGUCUUUGUUUUUAAUUGCGUCUUUUUGCUGCUGAUGCACUGGGAAGUCCAUUGGUAGCUGCAGUGCUGCAGCAUCCACCCUAUUUCUAACAGUGCUUGCUUGCAAUCAGACUCUGGAGGUGCUGUAAACAGAUCCAUUGCUUGUGUUAAGUGUUUCUAAUCCAAUCGUGGUCUGACUUUCUGCAUUCCAAAGCUUAUUCCCUUAUCAUCUCAGUUCAAGCUGCAUAGAGGGACAUGUAGAGCUGAUGCACACUUACAGAGCAUAGCAUUUUUUCUUUUUUCCCCCCAUUAUGAUCACAUUCCUCAGGUUAUCCCUACAUAUGAAUGUGCUUCUUCAAAUUCAGAAGAAUUUUAAUUUAUUCUCAACUAAUGGUACUUUAGUAGUGAAUUUAAAAGAGAAUGCAAUGCCUCUCCCAUUGGCAACAGCUGGAAUUCAUUUCCAGCCCUACAGAUGACUGCUUGAAAUGCGCAAACAGCCAUGAGGCUAUUAAUUCUAGUUUUCCUCAGGAUAAGGGGAUAUGCCUUCCUAAUUCCUAGUAGUGGUCGAAGCAUUGCUGUGAAACUGCCACUUUAGUUUCUCUAGGGCUGUAAUCCUGUGCACACUUACUUGGGAGUAAACCUCAUUGAACACAAUGGAACUUACUUCUGAGUAAACAUGCAUAGGAUUGUGCUGUAGGAAAUGAAUGUGCAAUAAUUAAAUUCCAGAAAAUUUCCAAACAUUACAUUAGAACAUCCAGUAACACUUGAAACGGAGCAUUCUGAGCAGCUCCUUAUUGGCAACUUGUGCAGCACUUGAUUUUUAAAUCUGAUUUGCACGUCACUUAUUUAUAUUACAGUUUCAAAACUUCCAUUGCAGCUAUAAUGGUACUUAAAGUACACUCCCAUUUUUGGAACUGAAGCACUUUGUUCUUUUUCCUAGCUUGGCUGCCUUGUAUCCUUUCCUCCAGGUUGUUAUAAUUCCAUGGUGUGCAUGCUGCUCUGGACAUCAACAGGAGAAAUGAUAUUUGAAACAGCAGUAGUGCAUGAUGAUAACCAUAUACUUGCAUUUUCUGCUGUGUGAGAGGAGCAAAGUCCUUCCAAAGCUUGCCAACACAGUUGAAGAUCAUUCAUACUGCAUUUUUGUCCAAAUAUCUUAUCCAUCCAGACUCAGAGGGGUUGUGGCAGGUAGGGAGAAGACUUAAUUCAGGCUUAUUGAAAGCUAGUGGGCGCAACCAUUUUUAACUGCCUUUAGGACUCUUCUGUGAAGUAACAUAAACAGUCCAUUUCCCCUCAGCUGGUGCUUGCAAGAAGAGUGUGACUGAACAUACAUCCCUUUUCCUCCCCUUCAGUAUGUGUUCUAAGAAAUAUAUGUAGAAGUUUUUCUCUUACACAAAUGGCUUACUGCUUCUGUGGGUAGCAGGGACAUGUGUGAAUUCUGGAGAUAUGUCUACCUAUGCCACCUAUCAAGAACACCUGAUGGUUGUAUUAGAAAUAGAGCUUAUGGGGAGGAGAAAAAGCCUUAGAAAUAUUUUGUUUGCUGAUUUUAAUACAUCAUAGUUAACUAACAUUUACAGUACACCAAUGAAAUGAAAUUAAGUAAGGUAACCAGAGUAUGCUAUGGAAAAUAGUCUAUUCUCCAUUAUAGUUCAUGAUUCAUUUAGAGACCUAGGAAUAUUGUUAAUGUAUAAAUAUCAUUCAAAAGGCUUUCUGCCCUAUAUUUUUAAAAUAAAGGAUAGUUCUAAUUGAAAUAGCUAAAGCCCUAGUUCUAUAGGGCAUGGCUGUUUAAUAUUUUUAUGGCUCAAAUGUUUAGUUCAGGAAAAAGUAAAUGCUUGUAUAUAUUUUUGCAGUCUGGGGGUCUAGCUUCUUCAAUUUAUUUUAAUUUAAAUGGCAUGUUUAUUUGUCUGUACUGCUGUAUUACAUGGGAAAUGGGGGCUGGAUAUCCCAAGCACAAAGUAUUUUAACAUUCAAAACUGAAGAUAUUUAACAAAUGGAUCUUGACCACGAAGUAUUGUUAAAAUAGAUUCAUUGUUUAGCAGUAUGCUAGCAAUAUCUCUAAAAUCAGAAUUACAACUUGCUUUUGAAGUCCCUUUGCAUUGUAAAUUCUAAAUUCUGUCAUUUUUAUGCCAUGUUAUGUUGCAAUAAUAAAAAGUAAUUUGAGCUGUU